AUGGACACGCAGACGACGCAGACGCCCGGCGGGAUCCCGGACCUCGUCCUCGACAGCGACGUCUUCACGCUCGACUUCCACCCGCAGCGCAACAUUGUCGCCACGGGUCUCAUCAACGGCAGCGUCCAAGCCUUUGCCUAUGCGCCCGAAGGCCACGCGAGCGUGCUCAGCUUGAGCCACCACCAGGAUGCGUGCCGCAAGGUCAUGUUCUCGGAAGAUGGCAACACGCUCUACACGGCGUCGACGGACAAGUCGAUCCGCGCAUACGACACGACGGGCGGCGUCAUGUGGGCCGAGCUCAACGCCCACGCUCACCCGGUCAACACGAUGCAUCAAAUCUCCAACAACAUUUUCACGUCGGGCGACGACCAAGGCUGCAUCAAGAUGUGGGACGUGCGCCAGCACCGCUGCGUCGUCGAGUGGAAUGAACACACGGACUACAUUUCGGACAUGACGACCAAUGACGCCAAGGACACGCUGCUGGCGACCGGUGGUGACGGUCGCUUGUCGGUCUACGAUCUCAAGAAAAAUGCGUUCGUGCGCAAGAGCGAUGAGCUCGACGACGAACUGUUGUCGGUUCGCAUUGUCAAGGGCGGGAAGAAGGUGGUUUGCGGCUCGCAAGAUGGCGUCCUCGUCAUCUUUAGCUGGGGCACGUGGGGCGACAUGUCGGACCGGUUCCCCGGGCACCCGGACUCGGUCGAGACGAUCCUCAAGGUCGACGAAGACACGAUUUUGACGGGCUCGAGCGACGGUAUCAUUCGCGUGGUGCAGGUCCACCCGAACAAGCUCCUCGGUCUCAUCGGCGACCACGAAGACUUUCCCGUCGAAGUGCUCGAGUUCUCGCACGACCGUCGCAUUGUCGGCAGUGUCUCGCACUCGGACAAGGUCCAGUUCUGGGACGUGGGCUACCUCUUUGACGAAGACGACGACGACGACGACGAAGACGAUGGUCAGGAAGCUGCGGGCCUCGCGUUUGAGCCCAAGGACGACGAGUCCAUGGACGACAGCGACGACGACAGCGACGACGGCGACAACGGCCAAGCGUUCGGCCGCCAGGCGGCACCGACGCAGCGGGAAGCCUUCUUCUCGGACCUCUAA